AUGGCCAAGUUUUGGAGGCAAGUGCCCACAGAUGAGCCCGUGGAUUGGCUACGCUGGCUUCACACCGUCGGUGGUUGCCGACCGCCAGCAAGUAAGUCGGCUGGUCUUGUACAGUCCAAUGUUAAUGUCAUCGUCGAUAUGGAUUUGACGACUGAGCAUCAUAAUGAGGCAUUGAACACAAUUGAGGCUGCUUUUAAUGGCAAUUCCAACAAUGAGAGAUCAGACUUGACCACAUCAAAUUUAACUGAAGUAAAGUCUGGCUUGAACCAUAAUGCAGAUGAGGGACCACGCCUGGAUUUGCCGCCACCAGAUGACAGUCUUCCUAUGACGGGGCUAGCACAGCUGCGUACUAGUGGCUUCGUCGUUUACCCAGCUGCUUCUGCUUGCCAUAUUCAUUUGGGUCAUGAGGCUCUUGUCACAAAUCUCCAUAGGUCAGGCCAGGCUGACGGUGAGACCAUCGCCCAGGGCAUGAUCUCUUGCGAGGGUUUGCGUCUAGAGCUAUAA